AUUUAUUAAAUUUAUUUUCAAAAAUAUUAAAGGGUGUUAUGGGCAAAAAUGACACAAAGUAGAUAUUAGUCUAGAGGGACAUAGCAUCAGCGAGCAAGAUGAAAAUAACCAUCAUCAAUCACGCAGAACAGUCCCGUAGUGGUCAUCAAUCUUUCUUUCUGAAUAUAUCUUGUGCUUAUCUAGUUGUAAAGUUGGCAUAUUGUUAUUGUUUCAUAGGUUUGAAAGCGAGCCCAACAGAAUCCAAAGGGAAUAUGAGGAUCUUUUCUUGCAAUAUGAAACCGAGGUAAUACCUUGUCCUUCUCAACAUCAGUAGCUUGUGUUUUCUGUUUCUUAUUACUCUGCACCUUCCAAUAGAGAAUCACCAACGAAAGACAAUUGAGUGCUUUAUGGCAAAGUUGGGCGAAAAUGAUUUAUCUGGUGAAGCAACAUGCACACAUUUAGAUCGUCAAGUCGUAGGUAAUGUGCAUCGGGAUGAAAGCAAUGUACAUCUUAGGAAUCCAGAAGUUAUUCUUCUCAUUAAGCAACUCCAAGAGAAGGUGCAUUUAUUCUUUUCCUACAACUGGAACGUCUAGUUAAGUAGCUUUUCUUUCUUCUAUAUUAGAUUUGAGUGCUACAACUUGGAAACUUCACAAACAAUACAAGCAUCAGAUAUAAACGGCUCUGAUCCUCUUAUAUCUUCCCCAAGUGGACACUGACGCUUCUUAGAAGGCCGCAUAGUAUCUGGAUCAAAAUCUUUAGAUCCAAAUAUUUCCUAUGAGAAGAUAUCAAUAACCUAACAGAGUGACAAAUCCCAAAUCCAAAUUCUAAAUUCAAGCUUCAAAACCUACAUGGUACAUUUAGAAACUGAACCUAUUUGUUAAGUUGUUCAUAUCUUCUCAUAAGAGAUUGAUCCAGAUACUGUGCGGCCUCACAAGAAGCGUCAUUGUCCUCUUGGGGAAGAUAGGAUCAGAGCCACUUAAAUCUGAUACUUGUAUUGUUUGUGAAGUUUCAAAAGAGCGAGUAUCACAUUGUUAUGGGGUUGACUGUCUUGUUCGGUUUCAUGGAGAGUGUUUGACCCGUGAGUUCGGUGGUAGUGAGGAUCUCUCAAAUCCAGUAUGUCCUUAUUGCUGGUUCCAAUUUGUAGCACUCAAAUCUAAUAUAGAAUAAAGAAAAGAUACUUAACUAGACGUUCCAGUUGAAGGUAAAGAAAAGAAUAAAUGCACUUCUCUUGGAGUUGCUUAAUGAGAAGAAUAGCUUCUUGAUCCCUAAGAUGUACACUGCUUUCAUCCUGAUGCACAUUACCAACGACUCGACAAAAAUGCUUGCAUGUCGCUUCACCAGAUAAAUCAUUUUAGCCCAACUUUGCCUUAAAGCACUCAAUUUGUAGGUGUAGAGUAAUAAGAAACAGAAUACACAAGCUACUGAUGUUGAGAAGGACAAAAUAUUACCUCCGUUUCAUAUUGCAAGAAAAGAUUCUCAUAUUCCCUUUGUAGUUAUGUCUAACUCAUUUUCAAACCUAUGAAACAGUAACAAUAUGCCAGCUUUACAACAAGAUAAGCACAAGAUAUAUUCAAAAAGAAAGACUGACAAAUAUUGGAAUUUUCUGCCCGAUUGAUGGUUUCUUUCUGCUAGCUAGUCACAUGUACUAAAGUACAUGGAUCUGGAAGUGCAGAAUCUUCAUGGGUUUCAUCAUACUAUUUUCAUUUUGCUCGUUGAUGCUAUAUAAAAGUUUUUUGAAAAUAAAAGAUCUUUCAGUUUUAAGAAAGGAUACCCUUGACAAGAAAUGAGACUGAACCUGAUAUGCAAUAAGCAAAGUAGUUUUAUGGUUGAAGAAGUCAAAAUUUUCUCAUGUUUUUGUUGGCCAUUUAUAUAAUUUUACCUCUGAUGUGGAGUCCCAUGAAAGGUGACCAGUACACAGUGGCGGAGCCAGAAAUAUUUUUUAUUGGGGGCAAAAAUUAAUUAAAUUAUUUAUUAAUAAUUAAUAUUUAAAUAAAUUAUAUAUAUAUAUAUAUAUUUAUUAUUAUAUAAAGUAAUAACUACUGGUAUUUAAAAGAAAAUAUUUUUAUUAUUAUAUAGUUUAACAUAUAAAUUUAAUAGUUUUUAUAAAUAGUAUUUAUUUGUUAAGACUAAGCAAAAUAACCAAAACAUGGAAAAUAUAGAAUUUUUAAACUAGUUAUAGCAUCAACUAGUUAAUCAACUAAAAAUAUAUAAAAUGUUUUUAAGCAACCUCUUUAAAUAAAAUAUCGACGAUGUUAAAAAAUAUGGAGAGAAAAAAUACAUUAAAUAUUUUGUCAAAGAUACUUGUCUACGUAAAGCCAGCAAAAUAGGAAGGAUCAAUAAUUUUUUUAUAACUGAUAAAUGUUUUAAAAAAUUGAAAUGGAGGGACUAACUAGGUGUCGAACUAUGGUAUGGUGGGGGCAGGGACAAUUUUUCACUAGAGGCAACACCAACUGAGCUACUAAGAAUUUGGUUAUUUUGGUAACAAUGAUGAUAAAUAAUGAAAGUUGUUGGGGGCAGCUGCCCCCCUCUCCACUGCUGUAGCUCCGCCACUGCCAGUACACCUUGUAUCCCUCUUCUUUCACUGCAAUGAUAUCUUUUCGAAUAAAUGUAUAACGCCUAGCAGGCUCAAUUUAAGAAGGUGAGCAUCUUCUAUACCAAACUUAAUCAGGAAGUAUGUUACAAAGAUAGAGAGAGAAUAAGCCGAAGAUGAUUGGAUCCUACCUCAGACAUGGGCACAACUAGUGACACUUGUAGUGCUUGGCUAGCAAACUGAAGACUGCUAUUUCAUCUCCUUGCUUGAAUGUACAAGGAAGAACCCUAAACCCUAGCUCAAGUAUUAGGGCUGUCUUGCUGUGUACUCUUCACUAAUUGGUAUUUUUCAUAAAGAACCCUCAAAUUUAUGAAUAAUACUCAAAUCACCCUCUACAUUUUAAAUAUCUAUUCGGCCCUAUGCUAUGCUCAUCUCUCCAACUCUGAAUCACAAUCAAAUUAUUUAACAUAAUUUAAAACAUAUUAUACGUCAAAAAAGAUUUCUGAAAAUAAAAUUUAUGCAUUUCUGAAUAAAUUUUCACUGUCGCUCCAAAUUAUAACUAAAGCUUGUAUGCCAUAGCUAAGACAUCUAGGUUUCGGUAUUCAAAUGGUCGGGGUGAUAGUGUGUUCCUAUGAUGUAGUGGGAUAGUUAGGAUUGUUACAACUUCUAGCAGAUGGUUCCAAAUUGAUUCUACCAAGUAGUAAUUACCUUGUAGUAGUUCUUUCAUAUGCUAUGUCGAGAUUACACAAUGAUACUAUGAUCAAUUUGUAACCAAUGCCCGGUUUAGAAUGUUUAAUAAAAUCAUUCAAAAUGAAUGCUUAACUAACACUACAAAUUAAUAUAGGGGCAAUUCUAUCAGAUGACUCUAAAAUCGGGGUUUUCACCAAAAAAGCACACAAUGAGAACAAUGAUCAAAAAUAGUUUUAUUAAAAGAGAAAAAAUAAUUUCAUCUUUAUUUUAUAGAUAUUUAAAUACACCUAAUUAAUUUAAUAAAUAAUAAAAAAAUUAUUAUUAUUUUGAAUAAUACUUUUUUGAAUUCAAAUCUUUUUCGAUUUUUUUCAAAAUUUUAUUCUGAAAUCAAAAAAUUCUUGUUGAAACGAUUUUUUAAAGUUUUAUUGUAAAUUUUAAAUAUUUAUCUAUUUAUUUUUAAAAAUCCUAAACCUACUUCCCAAAAUCCACUUUCAAAUCUAAACUAUAAAUCUAGAUUAAUUACUUCUACUGUAUAAGUAUAUAUCUAUUCAACUAUUUAAUGAAACAUUUUGAUAAUUUUUUACUCUUGUGUGCUAUAAUAUUUAUCUAAAGUUUUUAGGGUCAUCCUAUAGAAUUAUCUUAAUAUUUGAAAUUUCAAACGACGAAUUAUACAGAAAAAAAAUGUUACGAUUUCUUUUCUUAAUUAUCUACGAACAAAAGGAUAAGAACAUUUGUCAAAAUGACAACACAAAUCAAUGGGGAAAACGAGUUGCCUAGUGUCUGACUAAGAAACUAGUAGACAACUAGAUGACAACAAAGUGAUAACACCCCAAACUGGUAAUCCGAUAACCAAACCAAGGUCAUAUAAUAUAUAAAUACGCACUCAUUCAAAUGUUAUGCCUAUAAAACUAUUGCGUGCACAAAAAAAAAAAACUAUUGCAUGGCUGUAUGAUAAUAUGAUAUAUAUGUUUGCUAUCCCAUAACAAACUGUUCAUAGCAUACCUUCGGCAAUUGAGAUCGCACGAUAAAUAUUAUUAGGUAAAUGUUAAAUAAAAAAAUUUCGAAGUAUUAUAUAAAGAACAUGGGUCGAUAUAUAUAUAUAUAUAUAUAUAUAUAUAUGAGACAUAUAUUUUGUAAUAAUUAUUAAGAAAUUCAUUUUCAUAAACAAAAUAAAAAUACAAAAUGAUAAGAAUCAAUGCAGAGAUAGAGAUAUUGGAAUUUUAUCCCCAAAGGAGAUGAUAAUAUCCCUUAUGGUAUUAUUCUUUUUCAGAAAAUUUUAAGUGGCUCGUAUUUAAAUGGUUGUCUCCAAAAUUGGUUUUCUCCAUCACACGAGAUAAGUUAUUAGAUUCCAAGUGCCCCAAGAGUACUAUCUCCAUCUCCUUCAAAUAACUAUUUUGUCUAUAAACAAUAUAUAUAUUAUAGUAUAAAAGAUAUCAUAAAUCUCCAUGAAGUUUGGUAUAUGAGAUGACAUAUUGAAUCCGUAAUCACCUUUAGAAUUUGUUCAUCAAAUCAUUUUUCUUUUCACAUCAAACAAUGAUUGUGUUAGACAUUAUCAUGUGAAUAUGAUAUUAUAAUUUAAUUUAUCAGAGAAGAUAUUAUAGUUCGUCUUAUCAGCACAUAUUUCUAUUGCAUUAUAGCUAAGGUGAAUCUGAUUCAUUGGAGUGUAACAGACGGGAUGGGUUCUUGUUCAGUCUUCCGUUUCUCUGCAUAUACCACUCUCUUCUAACGUUUUUGUUUUUUUAUUUCAUCGUUUGACGUUUUCAAAAAAAAAAAUUCCUUUACUGCACUCUAUAAUAUACUAACAUAUAGCAGAUUAAUAUAUAAUUUCUUUUAAUUAGGACCCGAGAGAGAAAAACAUAUCGAUUUUUACAUAGCAUUUUUAGGAUAACUCUACCCUCUCCCAAUUCAUAGAGUUCAACAGAUAAUCAUGAAUUGUUAAAUCAAAUAGUUUAAUAGAUAAAUAAGGUUUAACAAACCAAAAUAGAUAAAUGAAGUUUUAUUUGAUAGUUUAUCUAGAUAUCAUAUAAAGUUAGAAUACUUUUCUCUUAUUGUGAAUGAUAUAAUCAUAUAAAUACCAUGAUUAAUACUUUUUGAAAACUAUAGAACUGUAGUAUAUAUGUAUAACUACCAUUAAAUAUAACAUACCAACUUUCUUUACUAUUGAUUCAAUGAAGUACCUUGGAAACGAGCUGCUAAUUUCAGAUUUUACUAGAUCACUAAUAUAUGAACGGUUGACUCUCGAUACUAUUCUCCCAAAGAACUAUAUGGACCCAAACAACGUAGACCCAUAAGAACAUUAUACUUUUUUAUUUAUUUGGAUAGCUAACCUGAAAAAGAAAAUUGGAUAAAUACUACAAGUUGCGGAAUCUCUCAACUCUCUUUUCCUCCAUAUAAGGAGCCUAUCUUGGCAUUCGUUUGUAUUCGUAGCUUUGCAUCGAUCCCUUUUCUUUCUCUGAAAUUGUUUCGCAUAAUAUAUAUCUCACGGUUUUUCCUAAAGAAGCUUAAAUAAUACAAAGAUGGCCUCAAGUUCUAUGAGCUCCUCUUGGACGUCUAAGCAAAAUAAGAUAUUCGAAAGGGCUUUAGCCGUUUACGACAAAGACACUCCAGACCGUUGGCAAAACGUGGCCAAAGCCGUCGGGAAUAAAUCGGCAGAGGAAGUCAAACGUCACUACGAUAUUCUCGUUGAAGAUCUCAUGAACAUCGAGCAAGACUUAGUCCCUUUGCCUAAAUACAAGACCGUCGAUGUUGGAAAUAAAUCAAGAGGCAUCAACGAUUACGAUUUGAGGUUAAUGAAGAAUAUGAGGAUCCAGUGAAGUCUGUUACAUUGAAGCAAUAGUGCUAUAAAAGAUUCAGAGCGAUAUAUUUCCUUAUAUCACACACUGAUGAUCAUUGAUCAGAACUUAUCUUUUCAUUGUGCCACGUAAUUACUUAUUUAACCUUAUUUUCACAUCAAAUGAGCCAAAUCAUGUUGCUAUUGUGUUAUUGUUUCUAGUUAUUGAUUAUUAUAUAUUUUUGCCAAUUAUUGUGUUUGAUUUUCGAUGGCUUUAGCUAUCAAUAUAAACUAGUUUACACUGA